GAUGUUUGGGCUGAAGAUUCCACUGAAGCAUUAUUAUCAAUUGAUCUCACCGAAUGCGAAAAUGUCUAUCCGUCAGCAUCGGCUCGUAACUAUGGAAUCGAAAUCAAGUGUCGUCGAACACGCUAUAUUCUAUCGGCGAUGACGCCAGGCAUUCGUGAUAGUUGGAUCGCGGCCUUGCAACAGAACCUGCAUAAUCCAUCACCCACUUACGCAGAAACAUACCAAAGUGAUGUGGCUAGUCAACCGGAUACGGAUAUUGUAUCGUUGCCAUUACGGAAGAAGCAUAUCGCAUACGUUGCGCCAGAAUCGCAUCAUUCGAAUUCGAUGAUGGAAGAUGGCGACGAUGAAUCGUGCACAGAGGAUGAUUUCAAUUCGAUCGCUUCACGUGACAUCAUGCGAUCGAGACAAAUCAGUAUUUCUGAAAGGUCGCUCGACUCAUCCGGCGAUGAGAUAGAGACGAAUACAACGCGUCUUGGCAGUAGACGUCAAAGUGGACGUCAACGACGUCGAACGAAUGCAGUAGUGGCACGAGAACAGAGCCUAUCGCCAACGGUUAGGCGCUCACCUGUGUCACGGAUUAAGGNAGAAGAUCGUAAGCGCAAUCGUUGUGAUUUCAGGCACGGAUCGAAUUCGUCUCUUUCGUCAGCGCCGCCUCAUUCAGAACGAACACAGAAGCGUAAUACAUCAUCGGUUGGUAUUCUUUGA